AUGGCACUUGCUUGCUGUUUGAAAAAAACUAAAAAUAAUGCUGAAUUUUUUUAAAUUUAAUAUUUAAACUAAUUUAAUCUUCAAAACAUUCUUUCUUUGUUUACUCUUCAAAUUUUUAUUUAAAGAGUUUGCACCUCGCCCACCAGCAAAACACAAAAUUAAUUUGAAGUAAUGAAAAAGGUAUGUGGAGAUCCUCCACCAAUUUAUCACAUCGUUUGA